CAUGGAUGUUGGUCGUGUACGAGCAGCUGCCGCGUUUAUACUUAUUCACAAUAAUAUACACAAGAAAAAACAGAAUCGAAAAGUGCGUUGGUGGAUGAAAGAAUUGUACCGAAAUAGACUAUAGCAUGGAGUGAGACUUAUGAGAGGUAUGCAGUUUGAAGCUGUUGAUGACACAAUAAAAAACUUUACAAGAAUGUCAACAGAGGACUUUAAUCAAUUGAGAAAUUUGAUUGAGCCAAGGGUAAACAAAAUGGACACCCAGUUUCGAGAAGCUAUUGCAGUGACCGAAAGGUUGGCUAUAACCUUAAGAUUUUUAGCCACUGGGGACUCUUAUACUAGCCUUCAGUACCUUUUUAGGGUUUCAAAACAAUCUAUAUCUAGAAUAGUCCCUGAAGUGUGUGAUGCCAUUAGUGAGGUUUUGAAGGAUUGGGUAAAGAUCCCCACCUCAGAGGAAAGAUGGUUGAAAAUUGUGGAAGAAUUUGAAGAAAAAUGGAAUUUUCCUCAUGCUAUAGGUGCCAUGGAUGGAAAACACGUUAUGAUACAAGCACCUGUUAACAGCAGCACGGAAUAGUAUAACUAUAAACAUUUUUUUAGUAUCGUCCUAUUUGCACUCGUAGACGCAGAUUACUGUUUUAGAUACGUUGACAUUGGUUGUCAAGGUAGACUUUCUGACGGAGGGACC